AAGAUUCUUCGAUUGAUUCAGGCAAAAGAUUGAGUGUCAAACUAGCUAUGAGUCAAUCUCUUAAUAAAUGGCCAACUUUUUCUGCGCAACCAAUCGCCACAUCAAUAAUCCCAUCUCCAAAGUUCUUCAUGUGCUCCGCGCUUCCCUUUAGCACCAAGGAGGUAGAAAUUUUGAGAAAGACCUUAACCAACAUUAGUCCUCAAGGUCCAAAGAGAAAUGAUCUCGUAGCUCAAGCUCCACCAAAGGAAAAUUUCGAUGAAAUUUUCAAGUCCAUGGAAGGUUGGGCUAGGGACAACAUUUUACCAUUGUUGAAACCAGCCAAAGAAUGUUGGCAGCCUCAAGAUUUCCUUCCAGACGCUUCAUCAGAUGGCUUCCAUGACCAACUCAGACAACUUCAAGAAAGAACUAAGGAAAUACCCGACGAAUACUUUGUGGUCCUUGUUGGGAAUAUGAUCACUGAAGAAGCACUUCCGAGCUACCAUUCGCGUAUAAACGGAACGGAGAUCUUCCACGACAAGACCGGGGUUGAUGACACUCCUUGGGCUAUUUGGGCAAGAGGCUGGAGUGCUGAAGAAAACAGGCAUGGUGAUCUCCUUAACAGGUAUCUUUAUCUCUCUGGCCGAGUUGAUAUGAAGCAAGUUGAGACUACUAUUCAAUAUCUUAUUGCUGCUGGAAUGGAUGUGGGCAUUGCAAAUAAUCCAUACCUAUGGACCAUUUACACAUCCUUCCAAGAAAGGCAAACGGCUAUAAUUCAUGGGAACACAGCUAGGCUGGCCAAGCAGCAUGGGGAUGUAAAUCUUGCCCAAAUAUGUGGGACUAUUGCUGCCGACGAGAAGCGCCAUGAACGUGCUUAUACCAAAAUGGCUGGGAAGCUUUUUGAGCUAGAUCCGAAUGGGAUGCUCAUAGCCUUAGCAUACAUGAUGAGGAGGAGAAUCGAGAUGCCUUCUCAUUUAAUGUAUGAUGGGUUUGAUGAUCAUCUUUACAAGCAUUUAACCCAAGUUGUGACACGUAUAGGGGUGUAUAAUUUGUCCGAACACAAAGCCAUGUUGAAGCAUUUGAUGAGUAAAUGGAAAGUUGAGAAGCUCACUGGGCUUUCCAGUGAAGGGCGAGAAGCUCAAGAUUAUGUUUGUGGGUUAGUUCAGAGGAUUACAAGGCUGGAAGAAAUAGCUCCGACUAAGGCUACCAAAGAAGCUCCCACGGUCUCUUUCAGUUGGAUUUUCAAUAGAAAGGCUUAGCUCAUGGAUUUUGCGAUAUAUAUAUAUAUAUAUAUAUAUAAUAAGCCUCUUGCAUACAAUUGAUCUCCUUAUGGCUUAA